CAUUUGAUGUCCUACAUUCCUCUCCAGGUCUCAAUCAUAUUUCUGUUCGCUGUCCUUGCAGAAUAUUAAUGUGUAAAGAUGAUGCUCACACCGCGUUGGACUGUGUCUAUUAUUACUAGACACCUGCGAGCUCGUCGGCUCGAGUAAAGCGACAUUUUUGGUUUUACAGAGGAACAUUUUUAAAGAAAAGAAGAAGAAACAAUGAGGCCUAAUAUCAGACAAAUGUCAAGCUGAGGAAUUCAACACAGCAGGCAUGUCCACACAAAUGCAAGCCUUUUCCUCUCCCUCCGUGUCCUCCAGUGGCAUGUCCCGCUCCAAGAAACUGAAGGUGGAAAACCAUGCGUGGAACGUGAGCAGCCAAUCAGGCGAGAGCAGUUACUACCAGCACAGCCCCAACCAAACCAAUGGUUCCUCUCCCUCCACAUCUGGAUUCAACCCCAGUUAUAACUCCUCCAGCCUGGUGUUUCCUCCUCCCGGAGCACCGAGGGAGCAGACGGUGGUUCGCGCGGCAGACAGCACCGGUAGUGUCCCGGAGCCUUCAUCAUCCUCAUCAUCAUCAUCCACAUCCAGCCACCGUGGAAAAGAUGCGGGAUCCACUUCUCUGACAUGCGAGGGCUAUCAGAAACGGGCCAGUCUGAAGCGGAAGAGUGAGGAGGUGGACAGUAGUGACAGCGUGCAGAUUUUGGAAGAGCUUUCAGCGCCUGUGCUCCCCAACCGUGUGGCCGGAGGUGGAGGAAACGCCACAGCUCAGUCCAUCGCUCAUUCCACGUCCACCACCAAAAGCAGCAACUCCCACAGUGAGGGCGACUACCAGCUGGUGCAGCACGAGAUCCUCUGCUCCCUCUCCAACAGCUACGAGGUUCUGGAGUUCCUCGGCCGGGGAACUUUUGGACAGGUCGCCAAAUGUUGGAAGCGUGGAACCAACGAGAUCGUGGCCAUUAAGAUCCUCAAGAAUCACCCUUCGUAUGCGCGCCAGGGUCAGAUAGAGGUGAGCAUCCUCAGCCGCCUCAGCACAGAGAAUGCAGACGAGUUCAACUUUGUGCGCUCCUACGAGUGUUUCCAGCACAAGAACCACACGUGUCUGGUGUUCGAGAUGCUGGAGCAGAACCUCUACGACUUCCUCAAGCACAGCAAGUUCAGCCCGCUGCUCCUCAAGUGCAUCCGACCGGUUCUGCAGCAGGUAUCGACGGCGCUGAUGAAGCUCAAGAGUCUGGGGCUCAUCCACGCUGACCUGAAGCCCGAGAACAUCAUGCUGGUGGACCCCAUCAGGCAGCCCUACAGGGUCAAGGUCAUCGACUUCGGUUCUGCCAGUCACGUCUCUAAGGCCGUGUGCUCAACUUAUCUGCAGUCUAGAUAUUACCGAGCUCCAGAGAUCAUUCUGGGCCUUCCGUUCUGUGAGGCCAUUGACAUGUGGUCUCUGGGUUGUGUCAUUGCUGAACUGUUCCUGGGCUGGCCUUUGUAUCCGGGAGCUUCAGAAUACGAUCAGAUUCGGUACAUCUCCCAGACUCAAGGUUUGCCAGCGGAGUAUCUCCUGAGCGCCGGCACUAAAACCAGCCGUUUCUUCCACAGAGGCCCAGACUCCAGCUACCCUCUCUGGAGACUGAAGACUCCUGCCGAGCACGAGGCUGAGUUUGGCAUCAAGUCCAAAGAGGCUCGCAAAUACAUUUUCAACUGCCUCGAUGACAUGAUGCAGGUCAAUAUGAGUAACCUGGAGGGCACAGACAUUUUAGCGGAGAAGGCUGAUCGGAGAGAGUUCAUUGACCUGCUAAAGAAAAUGCUAACAUUAGAUGCGGACAAGAGAAUAACACCCACCAAGACCCUCAACCACCCGUUUGUGACGAUGACCCACCUGCUUCACUUUCCACACAGCUCUCACGUGAAAUCCUGCUUCCAAAACAUGGACAUCUGCAAGCGCAGAUGCACUGCCUUCGACAACAACAAAAACCUGUUCAGCAGCCACAACGGCCCGAGCGCAGCCGCCAAUCUCACCGUCACCUUCAGCAGUCAACUCAAUCAGCACAGCCAGAUGGCCUCCACAGGGGGCCAGUCCCUGUCUCUUAGCAGCAACGUUCCUUUACUGAACUACCAGCCUGGUCUGUACCAGCAGGCCACUAUAAAUAUCCCAGGCUUGGCUCAGCAGAGUGUGCCGUUGCAGGCUCGCCCUACUCAGCUGUGUGCCCAGACAGAGCCCUUCCAGCAAACCCUCAUUGUGUGCCCUCCUACCAUCCAGGCAGGGCUGCAGACCUCCAACAAACACACUGGAUAUCCUGUGAGAAUGGACAACUCGGUGCCCAUAGUGCCCCAAAACCAGUCCACACAGCCUCUGCAUAUUCAGCCCAGCAUGUUGACACAGUUCCUCCACACAUCCCUCUAUCCCUUCCCCAUCCAGAGCAGCAGCAACAGCAGCAGCCCUCCUCUGACCCUGCGCCUCCCACUGACCGUCAGUUCUCGCCAUAUGGAGCAGAGUGCCACAAUGCUGCAGGGCUGGCCAGCAGGUACCCAGCAGAUCCUCAUUCCCUCUUCAUGGCAGCAGAUGUCAGGCAUGGCCAUGCACAAUCCCAGCCAGCCUGUCCUGUCCACAGACUCACCCAUGAGCUCGCUGCUCUCAGACAACAACAACCAACAGAACAGCUGGAGGGGUCGUCAUGGAGGUCAGUGUGAUGGGACGCAGCAGGGCUCUGUGCAGGGGCGUAAUGUGAACACACAGGCCUCCCACGCCAGCGCUCGCUCACAGCAGAACACACUGAAGAGGUCAAAGGUCAGACAUGCCGACAGCAGAGUCAGACCCACGUCCUCUCAGCAACAGGCCUCUGCUGCAGCAGCACACGGCUGCGGUGAUGCUUCUCAGCCGAUCAUCAUCUCUGACACCCCCAGUCCUGCCGUGAGCAUCAUCACCAUCCACAGUGACACCGAGGACGAGGACGACAGGAAGAUUCCUCCUGAGAGCUGCAGUGUGAACCAGCGCACAAACGUCAUCAGCUGUGUGACUGUCCAUGACUCGCAGGACUCUGACUCCUCCACCAGCACCCCCCUCAGCCCCAAACACCAUCCCAGCCUCCUCGAGAACAACACGCACUCAAAAUCUCUGGCCGUGGUGACUCCCUCAGUCAAAACACAGCUCUGGGAUGCGGCGUCAGGAGAGCAAAGUACUAACAGUUCUGGAAAAUCAAAGAAAGGAACGGCCUCUCAGUCCAGCGACCGGCAUCAGAGAGCAGCAUCAAACAGAUCUCAGCCUCUCAACCUGAGCCAGGCACAGCAGUCAAUGGGCGGACCUCUGAGACGACAGCCCACCUACCCUCCCACAGGCCCCUCCCACUCCUACAGGCUUCAUGAAGCGUCGGUCUUUGGCUCCGCCUCCAGUCUGUAUGCGUAUCCGGCGUCGGCAGCUCUGGCCUCAGUCUCUCAGGCGGUGGAUCAGCUGCACAACUCCUCCAGCUCCUCCUCGUCCAGUAGACACACACGCACCGCCGGUCCGUACUCAGCCUCCCUGAGUCUCCUGCAGAAGAACAGUGCCAUGGGCGUCAUGUGCCACGCUUCUGCUCCGUACCAGCAGCAGCUGUCGGCACAGUCGUACCAGCGGCCGGCAGUGUUCCCCCUCAGCCAGAGGAAACUCAACCAGUACCCAUACCUGUGAGAAACACCCGCCGGAAGUGUGUAAUGGACGUUCAACUGGAAAUGCCAUUUCAGAUUAAGUCAUUUUAGUAUUUUAUUUGGUUUAAUGCACUUCAAUCAUAGCACUUUUUAGAUUUUAGAUCAUGAACACGAAGCGCUUUUAAAUGUUAGCCGUUGUGCUUGCAAAUAAGUCCAGAGAAAAUGUCAAAAUUACUUUACAAUCAACACAUUUUAAACAUGGCUGUGUUUGCAAUGGCAUGCUAUCAUACUGCUUUUAUUAUUUAUAAAGCGUUUAUUAUCCUAAGGAGAUAUCUAUAUAUAACGCUUCUUUAUAUCUGAAGCAACUUAUAAAUGAGAAAUACAGCAAAUCGGUUUAUAUUAGAGCAUAGUGUGUGGAAUCAUACAUCCCACAAUGUUGCACACACGACUGGAAAUUCUAUUUACAUUGUGAUAAGUUACUUGAUCUAUGUGAAGAGCUCUUAAACUUAUUUAAUUAUACAGGCAACAAUUGCAUUAUUAGUAUUAUUAUUAUUAUUAUAUAUUUUUAAUUAUUAAUUUAACUUUUUUGUUUGUUUUUAACAACUACAGGAAAAGCACAUCUCCCUAUUUAAUUCAUGUUGUCAUAAUGCAAAAAUAUUUAAUUCUCUUUACUGUAAUGCCGAGUUCAGACUGCAUGAUUUUAGGUCCGAUUUUGAGUCGCAGACAGGUUUGAGAAAUCGCCGACAAAUGACUGAAAUCACAGGCAAAUCAAUCACACGGAGGUGAGGUCUCUGAAUAACACUGUUGAGAACUGGGGUAGGAAGGUAACUGUACUGUGGUGUUAGUAUAACUGUAUUAUGCACCAGGUUUUGGGCGGCCGUUGCGAUCGGAUACUGUACCAAAGUUGGCGAUGCGGGGGUGUCAAAGAUUGUUUCAAAAAAAUAACAUUGAGAGAAAUAAAAAAACAGGAGGGUUGCGGGAGAUUAAUCUGAAAUGCGUGAGACUCCCUGGAAAAACGGGAGUGUUGGCAGGUAUGGUUUAUUUGGACCCAAGAAAUGGAAGAAAAACUAGCAGAAAUUUGGCAGGAGCACUGUGUCUGUUUGACGUGUCAUCUGAUCAAAAUCACAACCAGGUGGAAAAGUAAAAAAAGGUGAGGAGAAAUUGCUAAUUCUCUUCAAAAGUCGGGUGAGCAAAAUAAGUAGCUACAUUUUCUAAAGCUAAAGCCUGCUUCUUUUUCCAUUAUGUAGGUAAUAACGAAAGAUAUAGUACGUGACCUCGCAUUGUUUCCAUGUCACUUCUCGCGUUUGUUUGGUUGUGAGAUGUAGUUUGGUUGUUGUUGUUGGCGAUUCUUCCUAGUUUAAGAUCAUGCAAUGUGAAACUCCCUGUCGCCGAUCCAUCCUACAGUGUAAACACAGCACCGACAGAACACUAGUCCAGGUAGUCAUGCAGUGUGAAAACAUCUGUGACAUGACUACUCUAAAAAUCAUGCAGUCUGAACUCGGCAUAAGGUAAAAUAUUUUUUAAGAUCUAAUUUCUAAAUUAAAACAUUGUCACAUUCAAAAAAACAGCUUGAUUAGAUUUUUUUUACAUUUACAGUUGAACAUUACAUUUCUGUAAUCUUUUAUAUGUGCCAUGAUGACAGUAGAUCAUAUUUUACUAGUUAAUUUGCAAGAUAAAGUUCAAUUUAAAGGCUUAUUAGUUUAAUUAGGGACUCUUUAAUUAACUAGGCAAGUCUUUGGACAAUAGUGGUUUGUUCUGUAGCCAAUUAGGGGGAAAUCAUUUCUUAAGGGGGCUAAUAAUAUUGACCCUCCAAAAUCAUUUAAAAGCUGCUUUUAUUCCAGCCAAACUAAAAGAAAUGUAUACUCCCUAAAGUGACAUGUGCAAAAAAAUAAUAAGUCUUCAUUAUUUAUUUAUUUUUUGCACAUGACACUUUAGGGUCUCCACAAUAAUACAAAUUCUUAUGAAGAAAAUUUUAUAGGAAAUUAAUCAAAUUACAUUAUAUAUAUGUUUGAGAAAGAAUACAAAUUUCCCAGCAGGGCUAAUAAUUUAUUAAAAAAAAAACAAUACAAAAUCUGGUUUAGAAAUAUUAAACUACUUUUUCAUUUGCUGGACUAAACACAAAUAAAUAAACUACCUGACAAAAGUCUUGUCGUCGAUCCCAGUUGUAAGAGCAACAAUUAAUAACUUGACUUCUAGUUGAUCAUUUGGAAAAGUGUCAGAAGGUCGAUUUUUCUGAUGAAUCAUCUGUUGAACUGCAUCCCAAUCAUCACUAAUACUGCAGAAGACCAAUUGGAACCCAGAAAUCAGUCAAGUUUGGUGAAGGAAAAAUCAUGGUUUGGGGUUACAUUCAGUAUGGGGACGUGCAAGAGAUCUGCAGAGUGGAUGGCAACAUCAACAGCCUGAGGUAUCAAGACAUUUGUGCUGCUCGUUACAUUACAAACCACAGGAGAGGGCAAAUUCUUCAGCAGGAUAGCGCUCCUUCUCGUACUUCAGCCUCCACAUCAAAGCUCCUGAAAGCAAAGAAUCUUUGAAAGAUUUUUUUGAAAGCUUGAGGAUUGGCCAGCCCAGUCACCAGACAAGAACAUCAUUGAGCAUGUCUGGGGUAAGAUGAAGGAUAAGGCAUUGAAGAUGAAUCCAGAGUCUUGAUGAACGCUUUCUUUGCCAUUCCAGAUGACUUUAUUAAUAAGUUAUUUGAGUCAUUGCAGAGAUGUAUGGAUGCAGUCCUCCAAGCUCAUGGGAGUCAUACAUAAUAUUAGUUCCUUUUCCACUGCACCAUGACUUUAUAUUCUAUACUGUACAUUAUUUCUGUUAAGUGACAAGACUUUUGUCUAAGCAAAGUCAGACCUUACUGUCCUAAUUAAAUAAUGAAAAAUCAAGGCAUCAUCAUCUUUUAUUUUGGUAAAAUAAGCGUAAUCUAGAGGCCUUUGCCUUUCAUAGAAGCCACUUCUGAUACCAAAUUAUCAACUAGAAGUCAAGUUAUUUAUUUGUUGUUCCUAAAACUUGGAUAGACUAUUUAAAACUAUUUAAUCUAAUAUUUAAUCUAAUCUAAAACACAGUAGGCAGUAUGUAGUGGACACUACACAGCAAGCAGUACACUAGUGUUCCAUUCCAAACAAAGCCCAUGCCUAAAACUUGCUAAUCAUCUUAACAACUUUAAAAUAUUACAUAUGAAUCGAAUUUAAACUGAAAGUUGGACAAUUGUUUCUUAAAUGUUUGCACCAACUUAUGUACGUCAGCAGAAAUGACUGGCGAUGUGUCCGCUAGAACAGCUAAAAUGAUAUUUAUAAGUGUUUCAUAGACGCCUGGCCCAUUAUAAAAAUGUGUUGAAAUGAUCCAUAAAUGAUGUCAUUCUGUUGGCAGGCCUAAAUUUGAUAUUUGGGAUGGUUACGUCCGCAGCGUAUUUUUAAGUGGCGCCACACGGCACAGGAUGUCAUCGCUGCUGUUUAUUGGUGACUUGAAACUAAACAAACCAAAAUACGAGGAGAAAGAAGAGCCGAAGGUGAUGUACAGCAGUUUUAUAUAUCACAUUUAUGCUGAAAGUAUUCCUAGUUGACAGUGGAUUCACAUUAUGUUACACAUGCCUAGUGAAAUCACCUUUUUUUGUCUUUUUUUAUGUUUAAUAAUUGGCAAUUUAUUGAUUUUAGUUUACACACUACUUAAUCAAGUUUCAACUUUUUUGUGCUUUAUUUAUUUAUUGAAUAUAUGUGGACUAUUAAUGAAUCCUAGAAUGUUUUUUAACCUAAGAAUACUUUCUUUCAAAGACUUUUAAACUAAAAAUAUACAUAAAAUAAUGCUUUUACUUUUAUUUUUCAUUUAUUUACACAUUUGAAUUGCAUUAUGGGUCCUUGAUCUUUCAUACAACAACUUUUGAUGAUGAAAAGUUGGGGAAAAGUGACUUUUUUGACAAUUUUUAAUAGUUUGAAGUGAUAUAUUAACUGUUGCUGGUGUUUUUCUGUUAUUUUACAGACUUAUUUCUAUAUAUAUUUCAUUUCUUAUACAAUAUAUUGCUUAAAAUGGCUAAAAUGUCAAUAAAGGUCACUUUGUUAAACUGCAGAGUUGAAUUUUCAGCAUCAAAAGUCGACAAAAACUGUUCAUAAACAGAUAUAUUUUGACAGUGAAGGGAUAGUUCACUCAAAUAUUGAUUAUAUGUUGAUUGGAUGAAGUUUAAAGAGUCAAAAAAUAUGCAAGUGGCUGAUGAUGAAUAUAUGAAGUGUUUAUAUACAAAACCCUUUAAGUGCUGUCUGAAAUGUUCAUCUAAAAUGUUCAUUUUUCUCAGGCUGUUGUAUCUAGUUUCAGAAAUUUUACCCUUAGUGCAAAGAAUUGGUAAUUUUUUAUUGUCUUUAAAGUAAAAUAACUGAACAUAAACAUAGGAUGUUGAGAAAAAAAUGCUAAUUUUAGAGGAAAUUUUCAGACUUAUAAAAAGAAAUGAAGGAUCUGGACAUUAUUUGCAACAUUAUAACCUUUAAUCCACAGCCUUUGCAAAUUUAAGUCUUACUGUAAGUGUCUGUAUUUGUUUUUUGACUCUCAAAGUUGUUCAACUUGCAUUUUAUGAUUCAUUUUCAGUUGAAAAUCUUCUACAAUGUUCUGCUGAAGAAAAAACAUGUUGGAUAGCAUGGGAGUUGGUAAAUUAACUGCGCAGUUUCAUUUUUAGGUGAACUAUCCCUUAUAAGGCAAGACACUGCAGGCAAAACAUUUGAGAUUUUGGCCUUUUUGGCUUUCCAUAAAGUUUUUUUUUUUUUUUUUUUUUUUCGUAUAAUAUAAAGAAAACCUUCAAAAUACUUAUUUAAGUGUUUCUUUUGUUGCACUUUAUUCAUUUGUGUCUGUAGAUUUCAAUUUCCAUUCACAUUUUAAGGGCUGUUUUCUUAAAAUGAGAAUAAAUGAGAGGUCAUUCAUGUCUACUUCAGCAGCACUUACAUCAUGUACAUUAAAUGUAGAGGUAAUUUGUAUUUACAGAGGAAUAUGUUCAUAACUUACCUAAUUCUGUACAACAUUCGAUUCUACUAAAUCUACUAAAUUUAGUCAUUUUCAAAACCUUAAUUUAUUUUUGUUAAUUUUGGAAGUUUUCAAAGCUGGCAACUUUACAUUGGAAUAUACUGUAAAAUAUGGGAAUUAAAGAUAAUGAACUGGGAAUUUACUAUUUAUUUCAAGUCCCAGGAAGAAGUAUACUAAGUACAACUGUCCUGAUUUCCAUUUUUCACAUUCAGCAGGAAACUGAAAAUUAGGGCUGGGCGAUUAAUCGAAAAGUAAUCGAAAUCGACAUUUAGAACUUAUAAUUGAUCUAAUUUUUAAAUGACUUUCCCUACCGCAAGUGGGGUCGUGUGACCCCGCUCUUUUAAGGCUGGUUUAUUCUUUUGCAUCGAGCGCACACGAAUGGUCUGGUGCAGCCUUCACGCAGGUGCAUAACCCUCACCGUGGCUAAUGCCAACGCUGAUGUGCACCUCUCAAAAAAAUGUAACCACACAUCGCAACAAUGCGUAGCGUAAGCUCUGUGAUUGGUCAGCUUAUUAGUGGUGAUGGGUGUGGGCAGCGCGAAGAGUAACGCGCAACGUGGGUCACGGUUACUCGACACAGAAAGUGUAAAUCAGCAAGGCUGAGGCUGAUUUCUACUUCUGCAGCCACAUCUGAUCUCUGCUCAAAUAGGACGAGGGACCCAUUCUUCAGCCUUACUUUGCACUACAUUGAUGGUGAUUGGAAGCUGCGCCAGAGUGCCUCGAGCGGCAUAUUUUCCAUUGCGUAAAAAUCAUUAUUUACAUAAAAUUUUUCUUUAUAGAAGAUGCAAGAAAUGCACAGUUUGAAAUAUUAUUUACAGGAUAUACAAGAGUUAUUUCAUUAAGAAGAGAUACUAAAUAUAGAGUAUAUUUACUGUAGAAAACUUGUCAGUAAACUAUACAGCCUCAUUCACACAAAGCGUCAAGCGACCGUUCAUUUCAACAGAGAGUGAGUGACUUUCGGCGACCUCCGUUUACACGAGCAACAGCAACUGUUAGCGACCAGGUGGGUGUGUCGAGGCACGCGACAAAUUUGGUUGUUGCUAGAUCAAAUAUGGUUGCGGCCAGAAGUUAACGAGAAUUAUUUAUAUUAUUUAUUAAAUUUCCUUUUUAUUGUAUUUUAUAAACCGCAGUUGUACCUAGUAUUUAUUAUGUUAUCUAUUAAAGUACCCAAUAAAUUUUAGUUUUUAACACCUACCCCCAACCCUAACUCUAUACCCAACAGUCACAGUACUGUAAAAAUGUUAAUUAUUAUGCGGCCGGCCGCAUAUCCGAUCAAGACUUUACCAAAGAGCUUAGAAUGACCAAGAGGCGACACUCAAUAGAAUGUUCCAUCGCAACAGCAGUGCCCAGCAGCAGCCCUGCGAUUCCACCAUUUUGGAGUGAAAGCGAUCGGCCGUCCACUGGAUCUCAUUGAUGUCGCGAUGGCAAGCUGCUGCUUUGUUUUUUAUUUAUUUAUUUAAAAAGCGCAUUAACGCUGAGAUACAACCUAAAAGACGACAAUACAACACUUACUAUCACAAUCAUCAGCACUUUUAAUAGUUUAUUUUACAGACUUAUGCUGUUGUUCUAUUAGAAUUUUCAUUCCAAAAUGGCCGCUGUGGCAUCUAGCGGUUUCCCAAAUCGCACUAGAGUGUCGCCUCUUGGUGAUUCUAUGCUCUUUAACUUUACAGACAAAAUUGAGAAUCCUUCAACUUUAUGCAAAUGAAGAGCGACUUUCUUGAGCAUCAGCCAACAGGAACACACCAGUAGAGCUCACGUGAUCCUCUCUCAGCUCGCUCAGAGGCCGGUUGUAUUCGUGCUGUAUAUACUUACACAUCCCUGCGUUUGAAGCAGGUCGGCACCCAGAGUGACAGGCAGCUACAAAGUCGCUGCUAGUCUGAAUGAGGCAUAAGGGCAAUAAAUAAAAUAAAAUAAUCAUUCAUUAAUCAUAAAGUUAAAAUGUUCAAUUGAUAUUUGGAUUGUAGGCCAAAUCGCCCAGUCCUACCUAAAAAUUUGGUGCAUCCUUAAAAUUUAUAUUUAUAUAUGGGGCAAUUUAUAAGCAUUUCCCCAAAUUUCUAAUUAAUUCUUGUCAAUUACGAUACAUUUCAAGUAAGUUUCUAAAUUGGAAAAUUUCCAAAAAUUCCCUUAUCAAGUUUCUGCUUAAACUUUCUGGAAACUUUCCGUAAAUUUACCAGAAAUUGUACAGUUUGCAGUCAUUUCUGACAUACAGUUCUCAACGUAUAUAAGUACACCCCUCACAAAUGUCUCAUUUAAAUUCAUAUUUUCUAUAGGAAGCUUUAAAAUUUAAAUAUUUGUGCAUAUACAUCAGUAUUAAGCCAAAUCUAGAGCUAAUCUAACAAAAUAACUUGCGAUAAUGGUCCAAAAUUAAAACAAAUAUAUAUGUCAGGGUAAAAAUAUUAAAUAAAAUUUUUUUUAAAAGAAACAAAAAUUGUUUAAAAUUGUUAAUUUUGUAGUUUAUUUUUUUUUUUCAAUAUUUCGCAUGAAUUUAAAUGUAUCAUCUUUCUAUUUCUAAAGAUAUUGGGUGACUAAAAUGUUAUUUAAGUGAAGUUUCAUAAACUAAUUUCGAGAGGAGCAUGUGAUAUGAUUGAGCACGACUGGCCGCUCAUCUGUAAUCAGUAAUAAUCCAAUCAGAGUGAUCCUAGUUUACUAUAAAUGGAUCGUUUUCUCCCUACUGCUCUAUCUUCGUUUGGAAGAAUCCCCCCUUCCACCCCAUCUCCUCCUUUUUCCCCCUUUUCUAAAGGGGGAGCUCUCGAGUCCUACCUGAUCUCGGAUCUCCUGAUAUGCUUAUUGACUGGGCGGGAGCCCUGGACUCAAAUAUCUCCGAGCUCAGGAUUCUCUCCCGGGACAGCAUGCCAAACCUGCUUUAAAUGCCAAGCAUAUCUAAAUGGGAACUCUUGAAAUAUAUUCUUUCGAAAAAUCUAUUUUGUUCAAAUACACCAAAAUACAUUGCCAUAUUCACUGAGAAAUGGAUAAAAAUAUUCGUUUUCAAAAUGAGGUGUACUCUUUGAUUUUUUUUUAGUGCUAGGAAUGUUAAAAAUUAGCUCGUAUUUAUAUUAACUAGACCUCAUUUGCAUAGUCAAACAUAACAUUUUCAAAAACCUACAAAUAUAUGUAUAUUACAUAUAUGUAUAUUAACAUAAGUGUGCAAUUCUUCAUGUAAUCAAUCAGCUGUGGAAAUAUGGUGAUAUCUAUUCCUUUUUUUACCCAUUUGACCUGCAGUGUCUUGGCUUAAUUCUCUUCAGAGUUUUGUGUUUCCUCUUCCAGCACUUGUGUUCAGAGUUGUUUAAGUUGUAUUUGCCGUGUGGACUUCAUAACUUGAGACUGAAUUUGUCGGUGUGUGUGAAUUGUGACGACGGUUUCUUGUUAUUUGUUGUGUAAUGUCUAAACGGUGAUGGUUUGGACGGCGUGUGUGUGAAAUAACAGAUCUAAACAGAUGGUGUGUUUAACAUGUUAGCUGUUCAUAUCAGUUGUGUCGUUCUGAGCUUGUCUUGGGCUUUUGGCUUUGGUGCAAUGAUGGCUGUUUCUACCGUUUUUCUCACCAUGUGAAUUGAAGUUGCAGGGUAGAUGAAUUCACAAUAAACGUUACAGAUACAGAACUCUGUGUGCGUGUG